AUAUUCUACUAAAGUAUCGGUUUACCAAGUAGAUUCGACUGAAUUUUAAAUUCUGAAGAAUUCGACGACCAGGCGAUAGCGAAGAUGGUAUUUGUGAAACUUCACAGCUGCUCAAUAUAUUCACAUACAUAAAGUCUUGUCAUCUCACUUGUGGGUCUACCUAAAUUCAUGAUAGGAAUUUUGAACCGCAUCAUAUAACGAAUUCCAUUUUUCUGUAUACUCCUGGUAUUUGUUGAUAUAAUUCUGAAUAUAUGUUCACUUGUUUAUGAUACAUCAGAUAAUUGUUGUUCAACAAUUAUGUCAAGCAGAUAAGGUUUUUCAUUUUAUCGCUCCGGUCUAUAUAUAAGUACUAGCUAGUGUUCCUAUCGCCAUAUGUACAUCUAUACCAUUUAAGAAAUGUUCCGUAUCGUAUUCCCUUCAUUGUUAUUUGUCAUUGUUGUUUCUAUCAAUGGCCAGUCAAACAAUAAACGACUCUUAGUAGGUGACCCCCAGGAUAUCCAACAAGAGCUGAUCCGGAUCCAGUCGGAGCUACAGUUACAGCAACGUAAGACAGAAACACUACAAACGGCGAUUCAGACUCUGACGAUCGAAAACACCCAGCUGAAAACCAGUAUCUCAGGUAAUGGUGGUACCGUGUUUACGCGAUGGGGACGAGAGGACUGCCCAGAAAAUGUAACUACGUUGGUUUAUUCAGGGUACGCAGGCGGCUCGCACUAUAGCCAUUCCGGAGGAGCGGCGGAGUAUGUUUGUAUGCCAACUGAUCCUAUAUGGGGACCACACAAGGAUACACCUGUCUAUCAUGGCCACGCGGGUUACAUGUAUGGUGCCGAGUACGAGGAACCGACCGCAUUGUUUGGUGUUAAAAACACUCUACAAGACGUGCCAUGCGCUGUUUGUAUGACAAAACAAUAUUCCACUACGCUCAUGAUUCCCGGUCGAAAUGAAUGCUACACGGGUUGGACUGAAGCUUACCAUGGCGAUUUAGCUUCCGGCUACUACGGACAUACUGCGGCCUCCCAAUAUGUCUGCGUCGACUCGCAACCACAGGUUUUAGAAACAGGAAGUAGCGUCAACCAAAACGGCAAACUUUUCUACGGUGUCCAGUCGAAAUGUGGCCCUCUCCCCUGCCCCCCUUAUGAGAAUGGUAAAUUUCUUACGUGUGUAGUUUGCUUGGUGUAACAUUUCUUUUUAAUAAAAACAGUGUUUCGCGGCGACUUCGGAUUUCUUUAAGACUUCAUUUACGAACUAAAGUUUAAAACAAGUCUACACCAUGUACAUUUAUAGGUCACAAAUAAAGUACACGAAAGCUAAAUGCGAGAUUGUGAACUGUAAAGUUGCAUUAAACGAUGGUAAAGACAAUAUUGUAAA